AAAAGAAGACGUUUUGAUAUAGCAAGAUUCUUGAUAUCCACUCAGAUCAUGGACACAAUCAAAGUUUCACGGCAAGUUAAAAUCAAUGGGAACCUGUACAAUAUGAAAUUCUCAGAGGAGGAAGUCUCUAAUUGCUUCUUCUCUCUUAAACAAGAUUUCUUGCCUUCUUUCCAAAGUGAUGAGGAGGAUUGUGAGUCUUGGUCGAUCGGCACUGUAAUGGAGACGCAGGAAUGUCACAAGGCAAAGGAUGAUGUUCUCUGUCAUGAAAAACAUACCCAUGAAGAAGAUGAUGACGUGGCGUGGGAAGGAAUAGAUCAGGACCAGCCUACAAAGGAGGAGGAGAAGUUAGGGGAAGCAACAACUGGCAACCCGUCUCAAUCUCAAAUUCAAAUUCAAAUUUUGAAUCGUGAAAGAAACAGAGCAACGUGCAAUUGUCUGGAAAAAGAGAAUGAAGUCAUUGAACCGGUUUAUCAGGCCGAGGAUGAAAUUGAAGAAGACGGGGAGGAGGUGUUCUGGAGAGGAUUCAAAAAAGAUAAGGGACGGGUGGAGGCGUGGAUUAACAAGCAGAUAAUGGAAUCAGCGAAGGACGGGAAAGUAGCAGGGGGUUCGGUUGGUGACAGUGGUACCCUGAAUUGCAACAGAUCCAUUAAGAAUCAGUUGCAAAGCCAGAAAAUCGAGGAAAUGGAGAGGAGAGACAGCCGCAUGAAAGGGGAAAUGGCCAAUCCGGAAACCGAAGGUGCCAAGAAGAUCAGAGAAAUUGUGAUGAAGGAGAAAGUAGAUUUCAUAGCAAUUCAAGAGACUAAAUUAGUGACAGUGGACAGGAAGAUUUGUAGAAUAAUAUGGGGAACAGAUGACUUUGACUGGGUAGCUAAGCCAUCUGUGGGUAGGUCCAGAGGUCUAUUAUGCAUUUGGAAUACUAAGGUGCUUAAGAAAAUGGAGGUAAUUGAGGGGAAUAACUUCAUCAGGAUAUCUAGGUUGUGGGGAGAGGAGAGGAUUCCUGUGAAUAUACUAAACAUUUAUUCCCUGUGCCAGUUGAUGGGUAAAAGAAUGUUAUGGGAUGAUUUACAGGGCCUGUUGAACAGUAAAAGAAGGAAGUGGUGUUUAAUGGGGGAUUUCAAUGCAGUGAGGGGAAUAGAGGAACGAGCAGGGGAGACGGGGAUCAGUAGUGAAAUGCGGGAAUUUGACAAUUUUAUAAUUAAUGCUGCUUUGAUUGAUCUGCCUUUGCUUGGUAGGAAGUAUACAUGGUAUAACUCUAAUGGCCAGUAUAUGAGUAGAAUUGAUAGAUUUUUGUUAUCAGAAGAUUGGGUUGCCAAAUGGGGUGAUGUUAAACAGUGGGGGUUGAGAAGAUCAGUAUCAGAUCAUUGCCCCAUUUUACUCAAGAAUGAGAAGAUUGAUUGGGGCCCAAAAUUGUUCAAGUUUUUUGAUGCAUGGUUUGAUAAACCUGGAUGCAAGGAGUUAAUCACAAGAGUGUGGAAAACCAGCGACAUCCAGGGGCAGAAAGGCUUCAUACUUAAAGAGAAAUUGAAAAGUACAAAGAAAGCAUUAAAAGAAUGGAGCCGGAACCUAGCUCAAGACGUGGAUGCCAAAGUAAAAGAAGCAGAAGCAGUGAUAGUUGAAAUUGAUGAGAAAGGAGAGAAUAGCCAACUGACUGCAGAAGAUGUCGAAAGGAGGAGGGGAAGCUUUAUGGUUAUAUGGAAAAAUCUAAGAAUUAAGGAGAGGAUGUGGCAGCAAAAGGCAAGAAGGAUGUGGUUCAAGGAAGGGGAUGCGAAUACAAAUCAACGGGGAACUUUACACGAGUGUGAAGGAAAUAAAGGAAAAAGUGGCUAAGUAUUUUAAAGAAUUAUUUUCAGAAGAGGCAUGGCAAAGACCAAAGCUUGAUGGGAUUAGAGUUAAUCAAAUUUCACAAGCCGA